UUUUAUAAUGUUAUGACCAUCACCCUGCUUUAUCCUCUGCUAUAAAUUGUUUUACAUAUAAUUUAAAUUUUUGCAAUUCCUACACAGAUGACAGAUAAAUGUAAAAGCUGUAAUAUAAAUUGAUGUAACGCAAUUACAUGUGAGACACGAUUUCAAACGUAAUUUUCAUGUUUUCUGUAAUAUCUGCGAUUCGGUCACUACCAUAGAACCUAUAAAUACUAUGUGAGCAAUGAUCGUAUGCAUAAUUUCAUCACAACGAGAACAAAAUUCUACCCAGCAUGAAGUUCUGCCAGAGCGCAAUUUUGAUUAUAAUUUGUGUGUUGAACGGUUUUGUGAAGGCCGAACAACCAUACACCGUUAAGAAUGAGCGGUUAGAAUAUUUCAAGGGUUUAAAAGAGACAUUCGUUGAUAUGAGCGAUUUGAAAGUUGUCGGACGUCAGCGUUUCAUCAAUGGCAGUGUGACUUUUGGCGAAGACAUGUUUAGUGAGCAUUAUAAGUUCCAAGUAGAAAUUUUCUCCUCACCACAAAGUGAUGGUCAAUAUAAGCAAUUGCCAAUGGGCGUGCCACGUACGCCUGUUUGUGAGGGCAUCAAAGAUUUAUAUACGAAAUUGUUGCAACCGUCAUUAGUUGAGGGUGAAAAUACCAACUUUCCAUUUGUACCCGAAGAGGGUUUGUGUCCUUUACCGAAGGGUGAUUAUUAUGUAAAAAAUUUGGAUAUGAACACAGACUCUUGGCCAAACCAAAUACCACGUGGGCUGUUGAAAGCGAAAUUAACAUUUUUCAAAGACGAAAUAAAUGUUGGAGGCAUUUUUGUGAUAAUAAGAGUCGAAGAUCGGGAGUGAGAAAUGAGCAAAUUAAAAAAUAUCUCUCUCUCUCUCUGUCUCUACAUAAGAAGUAAUGUCUAAUUUUAAGCAGGUAUUUUGUUGUGGUUUUUAAAGUUAUUAUAAUUCAUAAUAAAAUUUUUUCGAACAAGUUAACAAUAAUUUUUGUUAUAAUAAAUAAAUUUUGUUACAUCUCAUUAGUUAAUAGAGAAUAUAUAUAGGUGCUUGGCAGCCUUUUUAUUGUUCGUUUUCGUCGUAGUUUGUAGACAGAAAUGUUUAUAAUACCGCCGAACAGAGUAAAAUACAAGUAUUAGCUGAUAUCGAA